AUGUGUGUGCCAACGAAAGUUGGGAUGGCUUCUAAGUCUGGAUUUACGUCGACUCUGACUGAACUGACGUCUGUUGAUCCUGACUCAGUACAAUUCCUUAUGUUCAAUGAUGAAGAUGUAAAAAAAUUAAGUGUAAUCAAGAUAACCAACUUAGUUUCAUUCGAUGCAAUGGGAAAUGCUACAAAAGGAGGCCUUUAUGACUCCGCGUUAGGCCCCAUAAGAGAUAGGAAUGAUAAUUGUGCUACAUGCUAUAACUCAUUACUGCACUGUCCGGGUCAUUUUGGACAUAUUGAACUUCCACUUGUUGUUGUAAAUCCAUUGUUUACGAAAACUAUUUAUACUCUGUUUCGUAUCAGCUGCUUAAAAUGCUUUAAAAUCCAGAUGGAUGAUAAAAUGAAAUCAAUUUUAACACUGCAGUUACAACUUAUUGAUGCAGGGCAUGUGACAGCUGCUUUGGAUUUAGAACAAUUUAUUGGUGAUAUUAAAAAUUACAAUAGUGAAAGCUCUCCUGAAAAGCCUAAUAAAGUCAUAAGAAGAUGUCAAAAAUUGCUCAAAAAAAAAGACUUGAUUGUUGAAACUUUCCACAGCAAAAAUACUGAUAAACUGCGAGCCAAAAUCAUUGGUAACUAUUUUAGAGCUAUGAAUGUUUCAAAAACUUGUCUAUAUUGCAAAAGUAAACUGAUUAAAGUUACAACCUCUGAUAAUAAAAUCAUGUACAACAUGACCUCCGAAAAUAGUAAGGGGAUAAAAAUAUUAAUGCCAGAUGAAAUAAAACGUUAUUGCAGUUCAAUCACACAAAACGAUGAAGAUCUUUUAGCACACUGUAUUCCAGUUUUGAAAAAUACACAUUUAAAACCAAAGACUAAUAUCUUUUUCAUGCAAGUGGUACCAGUUCUGCCACCGUGUGUUAGACCUUGUAAUGUUUUACAUGGUGAAUUAAUUGAACACCCUCAAACAAAUGUUUACAAAAGUAUAUUACAGGCUUCAUACAGUGCUAGAGCUGUGUUACAAGUACUUUCAUCAUCAGAUCAACAGAAAGCAAUUGAUAGCCUUGAGUCUAAUCCUAGAAAAGCUUAUGAGAGUGUUAUAGGAAAAUCGGCCCCUGAAAAACUACACACAAUCUGGCAAGAAUUACAGAAACAAAUAAAUCACCUUCUCAGUUGUGAGGGCCUGGGUGCAACCAGUCAAGGACUGAAACAAAUUUUGGAGAAAAAAACAGGAGUCAUUAGAAUGCACAUGAUGGGAAAAAGAGUGAAUUUUGCAGCUCGAUCAGUUAUUACUCCUGAUCCAAAUGUUGAUAUUGAUGAAAUAGGUAUACCCGAUGCCUUUGCUACAAAACUAACUUAUCCUGUACCAGUCACUGAAUGGAAUGUAGACGAACUAAGGAAAAUGGUCAUUAAUGGCCCCAAUAAACAUCCAGGAGCCGAAAAAAUAGAAGUAAAAAAUGGCAGAGUCAUAAGAAUACCACCUGAUUCAAUUGAAAAGAGAAAGAGCCUUGCCAAAAGACUUUUGACACCUGAUGAAUAUAAGACGUCUGAUUUAAAAAUAGUUCAUAGACAUCUUGUCAAUGGUGAUGCGCUAAUUUUAAAUCGUCAGCCAACUCUCCACAAACCCAGUAUGAUGGCACACAGAGCUAGAAUAUUAAAAGGUGAAAAAACUCUUAGGUUGCAUUAUGCUAACUGUAAAUCUUACAAUGCUGAUUUUGAUGGUGAUGAAAUGAAUGCACAUUUCCCACAGAAUGAAAUAGCUAGAAGUGAAGCAUACAAUAUAAUGUCCGUAAGGCAGCAGUAUCUUGUGCCAAAAGAUGGUACGCCACUUAGUGGAUUAAUUCAAGAUCAUGUCAUAUCAGGAGUAAAAAUGUCUAUAAGAGGUGCAUUUUUCACAAAGUCAGACUACCAACAACUAGUUUUUCAAGCCUUAUCAAGCCACAAAGGUGAAAUUAAACUAUUACCGCCUACUAUUUUGAAACCAGUUAUGUUGUGGUCGGGCAAACAAAUACUAUCUACAAUUAUUAUCAACAGUAUACCUAAAGGAAAACCUUACCUCACAUUGACAGGAAAGGCAAAAAUUAGUUCAAAGGCUUGGCAGAAAGAAGUUCCUAGACCAUGGUGUGCUGGUGGAACUCCAUUUCAAGAUCCAAGUACUAUGACCGAAGCUGAAGUUAUAAUUCGUAAAGGUGAACUUCUGAGUGGAGUAUUGGAUAAAACGCAUUACGGGGCUACACCUUAUGGCUUAGUGCAUUGUAUGUAUGAACUGUAUGGAGGUGACAGUUCAUGUGCAGUUUUGAGUUCAUUUUCAAAAGUUUUUACUUUUUAUCUUCAAUGGAUAGGGUUUACACUUGGUGUUAAAGAUAUCUUAGUUACUGAAGCGGCUGAUAAAAAGCGAAAUGAAUUCAUUUGCCUGGUUCGACAAGUCGGGAGAGUUGCAGCUGCCAAAGCAACGGAGCUUCCUGCAGAUGUUGACGAAAACAAACUUAAAGAAACUAUUGGUGAAAUGCUUAUUAAAGAUCCCAAAUUUAGGGCUAAUUUAGACAGGCAAUACAAAAGUGCUUUGGAUUCAUACACAAACAAAAUAAAUACGGUUUGCUUAUCGGAAGGCUUAUUAGAAAAGUUUCCAUAUAAUAAUCUUCAACUGAUGGUACAAUCUGGUGCUAAAGGAUCAACUGUUAAUACUAUGCAAAUUUCAUGCCUACUUGGUCAAAUAGAAUUGGAAGGCAAGCGUCCUCCUUUAAUGAUAUCUGGACGGUCUCUACCUAGUUUUUUGCCAUAUGAUAUCACUCCAAGGGCUGGUGGAUUUAUUGAUGGCAGGUUUAUGACGGGUAUUCAACCUCAAGAAUUUUUCUUUCAUUGUAUGGCUGGUCGUGAGGGUCUUAUUGACACAGCUGUAAAAACUAGUAGAUCUGGUUACUUACAGAGGUGUCUGAUAAAACACUUAGAGGGAUUGAGUGUAGCAUAUGAUUAUACUGUUAGGGAUGCAGAUGGCAGCGUUAUACAAGUGGCUUAUGGUGAGGAUGGUCUUGACGUUUUGAAAUGCCAAUUUCUCAAGAAAAACCAGCUAGAGUUUUUUGAUAUCAAUUCAAACGCUGUUGUCACGAAGUCCACAGUUAACAAGCUUAAGGAAGGUGAAAACCUCAAGAUGGUCAUAAAAUCCCAAAAAUCGCUAAAGAAAUGGAAGAAAAAAUAUGGAAAUCCAUUUGAUAAGGUUCGUACAAGUGCUUUUGCCCAAUUUUCAAAAUUGGCAAAAAAAGAAAUAAUUCUUAAUGAGAAACCAACGGAUCAAACAAGAGAUCCGUUUUAUUGGGAGUUAGAGAAAAUGUGGCGCUCACUAGAUGAAGAACAAAAGCAAGCCUAUAUACGAAAGAAAUGUCCUGAUCCUAUACCAAGUAAAUUUUCACCGGAAUAUAAAUUUGGUGUGAUAAACGAGCAAUUAGAUGGCUUGAUACAAAACUACCUGAAAAACAGAGAAGAUGGCAUUUACAAAGAAUAUACAGAAAAAGACAAGUUUGUAGACAUUAUGAAUGCCAAAUACUUAGCAUCAAUGGCGGCACCUGGUGAACCUGUAGGACUGUUGGCUGCUCAGUCUAUUGGUGAACCUUCAACCCAGAUGACAUUGAAUACUUUCCACUUUGCUGGAAGAGGUGACAUGAAUGUGACUCUAGGUAUUCCUCGAUUGAGAGAAAUUUUAAUGACAGCAUCUGCGAAGCUUAAAACUCCCAACAUGGAUAUACCAUUCCGUAGAGAUCUGUCUAAUUUAAAUAAAAAAGCGGAAAGGCUUCGGCAAAAAUUGAACAGAGUUACCGUAGCAGACGUCUUAGAAAAAAUUGACGUGGAGUGUGAAAUAGUUACACAUCCGCAGCGGCAAUUAAAAACUACGAUGCGCUUUUCGUUUUUACCAAACUCUCAAUACAAAACUCAAUACGCAGUAAAACCGCCGCAGAUUAUCAAACAUAUGCAGAACAAAUUCUUUACUGAAAUGUUUACAACAAUUCGAAAACAAGCCAGAACCACUUGUGGCGUAGUUUGGUCAGCGGACAAAGAAAGGAAAAAACGAACAGCAGCAAAUGACGAUGAGGAAGAAGAAGGGGAAGAAAUUGUCCCAGAAGCAAAAGGAACGGUCGAUAAAGACCUAGAUGAUGAAAGUUCUGAUGAAGAGGGACCUAAUGACGACGACGAUAACACAGAUGUAAAAAUAAGAAAGAAGAGAGCCGAAGAACAGGAGUAUGAAGAUCCGGAAUCAGAAGAAGAAGAAAAAUCAGAAGAUGAAGCGGAACCUGAAGUGGAACAAACUAAAUUAAUUGAGGACGAAGUUUUAGAAGUAACCCAAGAUGAAAUAGAUGCAGAAGACAGUAGAGUCAUGAACAAUGUCGUAGGCACUUUACAGAAUGCCACGAAUUAUGCAUUUGACACUAAAUCUUAUAAAUGGUGCGAGCUAACUGUACUUUUCCCCAUUAGUUUCUUAAGGGUGGAUCUUUCCCAAGCCCUUCGUGAUGCAGCAUUGAAAUCUGUUAUACACGAAGUAAAGAAUAUCAAACGUGCAAUUACUAAUAAAGAAAAAGAUGUGCUCUAUCUUAAAACUGAAGGUAUAAAUAUUGUACAAAUGUUUAAAUAUGAUAAUGUUUUAGAUUUAAACAAAUUAUAUAGUAAUGAUAUUCAUGCUAUAGCUAACACUUACGGUAUAGAAGCUGCUAAUAAGGUAAUAAUAAAGGAAAUUCAAAAUGUUUUUAAUGUUUAUGGUAUUACAGUAGAUCCAAGGCACUUAACUCUAGUAGCAGACUAUAUGACGUAUAAUGGCAUAUUCGAACCAAUGAGUCGAAAAGGUAUGGAGUCAUCCACCUCACCACUUCAGCAGAUGUCUUUUGAGUCUUCAUUAAUAUUCCUGAAAGAAGCUGUUCUUAAUUCUAAGAAGGAUAAUAUACGUUCGGCCUCAAGUUGUCUCAUGUUAGGACAACCCUGCAGAAGUGGAACUGGUGCUUUUAGCUUGCAACACAAUAGUGCACCUGUGCAUUAA